ACAUAGACUUUUAUAUAACAAGCUACAUAUUUCAUGAAAGAUAAUUACUGUAAUUUUACAUGAAUUUGAAAGUAAUUUAAGAAAACAGAAAAUGCUACGUAUAAUUAAUUUGGUUUUUUUCUGUAAAAAAAAAAUAGAAAUAUACAUAGUUUGUCAUUACUGGCCUAUUACUUAAAAUAACAGGCGGAUUGUUUAUUUACAGACAAUGUCUUCAAUUCUACAGUUUUAUAAACUAUUUAAAAAAAUAGAAAAAUUACAGUAGAAAUUUAUAGUAAAUUAACCAUAAAAAUAUGAAUUUUUUUUUACAGUGUACGGAGAGAUAACAAUAGGAACUGCAAUGUAUGCGCAAUUACGCACCACUAUAGAGCAAUGCAUUUGACCUCAUCCUUUUAAUAAAUAAAAUAAAAAUGUAAUUUAAAAGUUAAAAUGUUCACUUGUUAAAUCUUGUACGAAUAGAUUUAAAAGUGUUUAUGCGUUUGCAGAGUGUAUUAGGGGCCAUUCUGUGCCACCAAACAACUUUUACGCACAGCGUCUGGAUAUGGAUUAGGCUAUAAUUUAUUUUUGUUGUUGCUUAUUAUCAUAACCCAGACACGCACGCUUGGAUUUAAGAAGACAGAUGGUUACUUUUUCAAAAAAAAUGCGAUGCUUUUUCCUUCGUGGGAAAAGUGGCCAGUCAAAUCGUUUGCUGGCGGCUUGGGGGCGUCGCCGUGACGCACGGGUACCGACGCCGUGGAGGUGGAUAUAAGCGGCGGUCCGCGGCCGUUGGAGAUCACAUCUUCUCCGGCUUCCAUCGAGCACACAUCUCGAGUACUCAGAAGGAACGUAGACAAUGUCUCCAAACAUGACUUGCGAGGCUCUGCCUGCAUCUUUCCCUCCCAGGCUCACCGUGGCCAAAAGGAAAGAAGCUCUAGAGCUUCGAAAGGUGAGUUGUGUCCCGUUAUUCGUCUUCAUGUUCUCAUACAUCCAACAAUUGCUCAUGCGUAUUUCUUCUUUCCAGACGAUGAAACCUUUGGUGGAAAAAAGAAGGCGCGCUCGCAUCAACGACGGUCUUAACCACCUGAAAGAUCUCAUUCUUCCUCUCACUGGCAAAGAUAACACUCGUUACUCCAAGCUGGAGAAAGCAGACAUCCUUGAGAUGACCGUGAGGUUCCUCAGUGACAUCCCACCUGUCCACAAUAAAAAUUCCACAGACAGCUACAAAGAAGGCUACAAAACUUGCCUCCAGCGCGUCUCUGCGCUCCUUCCCCAAACCAACCUGGACCAGGAGGCUUCCCGGCGGGUGUCGGACUUCAUCCAGCGGUCCAUGUCGGCCACGGCGAGCCGGCCGUGCCUCAACUGCUGCGCGCAAAGCUCCUCCGCAGCUCUGCCGCACAUCCAGCAGAAGCUCCUCAGCCUGAAGUCCAGCCUGGGCGCAGCAGCGGCGCUGCGCACUUCCAGCAGAGCUCAGCCAGCUCCACAGCACGACAGCGCCACCAUGUGGAGACCUUGGUAGAUGCAUCCCUCCCAACCAAAAAAAAAAAAGCAUGUUAUAUACAUGAUUGAAAUGUAUGAUUUACUGCUUAAAUGGCAUUAGCUGAGUAUUGUAUACUUCCAUUCUGCGUACGCGUCGCUUGUCCUGUAUUAAGUUGACAAAUCUAGACAGUCGUAUAUUUUUUUUCUCCAAAUCCGCAUGUAUGUAUUACGUCAAAUGUUUGGCCUUUUUUUCUGAGGACCGAAUGAUGAAGGGCCAUUGAAACAGCCCUGUAAGACCCUGGGGGUCACUAUUCAUGAAUUUGCACUGUUAAGAUUUCAGUGUUGCUGAAUCUGUGCAGAUUGGCUUUGUGGACAUAUUGUGUGUCACUGCAAGUAUCUCUGUGGGGAUGUGUUAUUGUUUUGCUAUUUGCAGCAAAUGUUGUAUUUAUGUUUUGUAAAAAAAAAAAAAAAAAAAAAUCAAAUAAAAC